GUUCCUUAACGUUCCGGUCCCCAAUGCAUACAUCUGUUUUGAUCGGUGAUCAAUCGAAGCACAGCACCGCAGUGUUUCUAUAGUGAAGCCCAGUAACAGUCCUCGAAUUCAGGCACUACCAACAAUGCCAGCAUAUUGAGUGCAAUCAUGGAGGAAUCCGCGCCGUUUAGCAUCGUGUCCACCGUAAAAGCGCUAAGCGGCGCGCUGCGCGGAGAUGCUGGACAUGAAGCGGAGAUCAACCGCGAGCGAGAGAAGCUCUGGUUCAAGGAGAGCAGCGCCAAAAACCUGAGAAACCGAGACUUCUUGGCCCCCAACACGGUUCUGACGACGCUGUACGCAGGUGGAGAGGUUCCCUCGGAUGUUCUCAGCACUGUUCGCUCUCUUCGGGGCAGUGGUGUACUGCCAAUUGGAGCCACUGAGGUGACAACCGAAGGUCUGCGAGUGUGUGUGGAUCGCUGUGCAGCGUUCAGAGGUGUUUUAUGUGGAAUAAUGCCAUACCUGAAACCCGCUGCUCAAAGACAGGGCUGUGUCCUUAUCAACUGUCCUGCUCUCCACACCAAACAAAGCGUACCAUCUCCAGAUACUCUAGCUUUGGGCCAGCUACGCACCGUUCUCAUUGCUGACCACCUCGGGGCACAGCUCAGAAGACAAGGGUACUCCGUGUCCUUUUGUCCAGCCUUGCCUCAGGAGAGUGAUAUUGUCAACUUUCUGAAGACACUGGGCAUUGAUUGGCCAACAGUCCCUGUCAGCUGGACAAAUGAGGAUCGGGAGGAGAAGAUGAAGAAAGCUUUAGAAAACUCAGCCUACAGAGACAGAGAGACGGAGAAGGGGAAGAGGAGAAGCAGAGGAGAGGAAAUAGAGGGAGAAAGGAGAGGGCUAAAAGAGGAUGUUAGGAUAAACCUUAAACAGGUGGUACAGGAUGAGAACCUGCAUGGAUAUGAUCCCAGUCUUGGAACUUGUACAGUGCAGAGAGAAGCUUUGUGUCACCUGGCCCAGCUGGACAGUGCUACCGCAGAUUUCCCUGCCUCCACUGCAACAGCCCUGCAUGUCACUUCCUGUCAAGAUGAGUUUCGUCAGCAGCAAACAGCCAUGCUCUGGAGAGCAGCGGGUGCAACAGCACUGCAGAGAUUGGUCAUCUGUGGUCCUGUUAAAACUCCUGGAAUUCAGAUGAACGCAGCGCAGUAUUUUCAGUUAAGAAAAGCUCAGAUGAAAGAGGCUUCAGAAAUGAAGUAUGGAGACCAGGUUGAAGGUCAGACGUGGGAUGACAUCAUUAGAGUCAUGACCUCAGCCACAGUGAGAUUUGAACUGUUGUCCACAGUACACACCAGUCCCGUGACCUUAGAUGUGCAGCGGGACAGUGGGGUGUCCACGAAGGGCCCCAGGGGUGGAGUAUUUGUCAUGUAUAACUGUGCUCGGCUUCAUACACUCUUCAGCAGCUACGAGAAAGGAGUGGUACAAGGUCUUUAUCCUGAAAUCCCAGGAGGCACAGAACUGGACUUUUCUGCUCUAAAAGAGGAGGGGGAGUGGCUUCUUCUUUUUAAUUACCUCAUUCCAUUCUCUGAAAUUCUGGACCAAUCAGCACAGACUCUGGAGCAUGAAGGGGGUGGAGCCAGAGUUCAAUUAAGAACGGAACAGGUGUGCAGAUUCCUGGUGUCUCUCAGUAAAGAUUUUAGUUCCUACUACAACAGAGUUCACGUACUUGGGGAGCCUCUGCCUCAUCUUUUUAAUCAGAUGUUUUGUCGUUUAUUAUUGCUGAGAGCCUUAAGAGAACUUUACCACAGCGCCCUGGACUCCCUUAACCUUCCUCCAAUCCCACAACUAUAGCAUCACACACUUAAGAAGCCACAAACUCUCUUCCUUAACAGCCAACACUCGCCCAUUUUCCUUGAUUAUUACACCUUACACACCCACCUUAUACCCAUAAUUCCCUGACCAUGCUGUCCAAAUAGCCCAAUAGUGUUUUUUCACUCAAAAAAAACCCCACAGUUCGAUCACUGAAAUGCCCUACACAAGACCCCUCUAAAUCUGUCGCUCCAUCCUUUCAGCCAGUAAAUUGUAUGAGAAAUCGCCCUUGCAAAUGUCAACAAGUGAAUAUGAAUUGCCCUUCACCACGUUCAUAGAUUCUGCCCUCCUGCAUGAUGUAUUGUAUGUAAUAAUCUUUAAUCAGUGUAAGUGCCCAGCUCUGUUUGUUCCACUGCUGACAGUGUAGCGCAGUUGUUCUCUCUCCGUUUGAUAGAUGCACACAAUAAAGGAUCCGUCACCGUCUCUGAUUAGGAAUCAUGUCAACGUUUGGCAUUCUGGAUAUGUCAUGAUCUGGGAUGCCAUUUCUUUUAAUAUAAAUUUAAUUAUGUCUGUACCAAAUCUGAAGGCUUAAUUCUAGAAUUUGCCCUCACUGUUGAUGUGUACUGAUGUACAUCUUGUGUGCCAUACAGAAUUCCAGUGCAUUCGUGCUUUCAGUAUUCAAAGCCCUGAGAGCAAUGAACACAUUUAGAGUGACUGUACGUUUUGUUAGUGGUGAUCUCACUCGAUGUAUUUAAAAAAGGAGCAAUUCUCUUCAUAAUUAAAAGAGUGUCUGCUUCAAACUCUGA